GAGGGAGAGGAAGCGGCAGAGGCAGCAGCUCCUUUGAUAAGCAGCUUCCUGAACACUUUCAAACCCUGGUGUUAGACCGACACGCGCGGUGCCUGCGGCCCUGUGCCGGCCCGGACGGAGCCCAUGCCUCGGGGCAGCAGCUGCUUCUCCUCUGAUGGCUCCUUGAACCCUCGGGAGCUGAGGGCCGCCCGCUGCCACCCGCCGUGCUUCAGGUCGAGGGCUCCGUGGCUGCCGCAGCAUGGUACAGACCUGCUUGGUGUGCUCCGGAGUUCAUAAGGGCAGCCUGACCCCGCGGGCAGCCAGGGGGGACAUGGAGAGGACGGAGAAGCCCAGCCCGUCCGCUAAGAAACACGUGCGGCUCCAGGAGAGGAGGGGCUCCAACGUGUCGCUGAUGCUGGACAUGAGCUCGCUGGGCAGCGUGGAGCCCAUCCAGCCCGUCUGCACGCCGCGGGACAUCACGCUGCAGUUCCUGCGGACGUCCAGCCGCGUGCUGAGCAAGGAGGAGCUGCAGCAGCGCGCCCAGAGCCUGGCCCAGCUCCAGGAGGAGUUUUCAAAAAUCCCACCCAACUUCGUCAGUCCGGAGGAGCUGGAGAUCCCUGGACAUGCCUCCAAGGACAGAUACAAAACCAUCCUCCCCAAUCCCGAGAGCCGGGUCUGCCUCAGGAGGGCAGGGAACCAGGAGGAAGACAGCUACAUAAAUGCCAACUACAUCACGGGCUACGCAGGGCGCCCCCGGGAGUACAUUGCCACCCAGGGGCCCAUGCCGAACACCGUGACCGACUUCUGGGAGAUGGUGUGGCAGGAGGAAGCGCCCCUCAUCGUCAUGAUAACCAAGCUGGAGGAGCGCAAAGAGAAAUGCGUCCACUACUGGCCUGAGAAGGAAGGCACCUACGGCCCAUUCACCAUCCGUGUGCAGGGGGUGAGCGAGUGCGUGGAGUACCUGGUCCGGGACCUCUCCAUCCAGCUGCAAGGUGAACGCCGCCAGGUCAAACACAUCCUCUUCCCUUCCUGGCCGGACCAGCAGACACCCGAGUCAGCCAAGCCCCUGCUGCACUUGGUGUCCAAGGUGGAAGAGACGCUGCAGGCUGCGGCCAGCCCGGGGCCCAUCAUUGUGCACUGCAGCGCAGGCAUCGGCCGGACGGGCUGCUUCAUCGCCACCAGGAUCGGGUGCCAGCAGCUGAAGGACACAGGAGAGGUGGACAUCCUGGGCAUCGUGUGCCACCUCCGCAUUGACAGGGGCGGGAUGAUCCAGACGAGCGAGCAGUACCAGUUCCUCCAUCACACUCUAGCUCUGUACGCUUCCCAGCUGCCGGAGGAGGGAGGCCGCUAGCACUGGGCUCCACUGCUGCCCGGCCUCGCUCCGACCUCCCCGGUGCCAGCCUCGGGGCUGCCUCCACUGAGCCCGCUCCUCCUCUGCCCGGCCACGCAGCACGGUGUGGGGAAGCCUCCCUGGAGAACCACGGCUGAGAAAACCCAUCGGGAUCAUGGCAUCGUGACCCCGGGGACAAGAAAAACUUCGGGAGGGUGUUGCCCAGGGGAUGCAGGGGGUGCUCAGGGUGCCUGCUGCUGGCACAAGGCGGAUCCCACCCGUGGAAAGAAGCUUUGCCUUUUUAAAUUGUUUUCUCCUCAACCAGAAGAGCAAACCGUGCAGAGGAUCUGAAGGCUACGGUUUGCCUUGUAGCCGCCCAGAAAUCUGCAUCCUGCUAGAUGUGGAGCCGGCACUGUUACAGGGAAAUAACCGGAGCCUCUCCGGGCUGCGCAUCGCCCACGGGCAGAGGCUGCCCCGUGCGGGGCCGGGCUUGCUCCAAACACUCCUCAAUGCUCUUCUGGCUAGAGAUCCACCCUGACAAAUAAGACACACCUCGGUACUAAGAAGGUGUCCUCCUAAAGACCCACCUUGACAAUUUGGUGCCAAAGGCACACUGGCGGUUGCCGCCAUUACGUGGCUUGCUUUCCUCUCUGCCCUCAGCCAUCGCCUUCUCUCCAGCCCUAAAGUAGAGGAGACUCCCGAGUGUGUCUGCUGUCCUACCAGCAACCUGCUCCCCACGGCCACCCAGCCUUUUGUUACAUGAGGGUUGGGGCUUCGUGUUCUCAUUUUUUUAAUUUUUUUUUUUGUUGGAAUCAGAGCAAAAUAAUACACAGGGUUUGGUUUUGUUCAUUUUGUUGUUGUUGUUGUUGUUGGAAUCAGAGCAAAAUAAUAGCCAGGUUUAGUUUUUAUUUUAUUUUUUUCACUGAUAAAUUCAGUGAAACAUUUUAGUGCAAAGAAUGGAAAUGGAAAUAUUCCAUAAAAUAUUUUAAAUCU